GUGAAUCACUGCCCGAGAAGGAAGGAGGAAGCAGCAGCAGCCCGAGUUACGAAGGGGAGAGAGAACUCUCAACCUCGAUCAGUCGGCUUGCUCUGCUUGCCGGAUUGUAAGCAAGUCACAGUUUCCCUUCUCAGAUUAUCCUCAACUGCUCACCUUUCGCGAGGACGAAGUGAGACAAAUUUCAUAAAAACGACAAAUUUGCCCAUUCUCAGUGCUAGUAAAACCACAAUAAUAAUAAUAAUAAUAGCUGCACAGAGAGAGAGAGGACGAGUGAGCAAGUGACAAGACCAGGUUGCUCACACAUAACUAUUUAGUCUCGUCUUCCCUAUAUGGACUUCUUGAACUAGAAUCAAAUCUUCUCAAUUUGAGACAUUCCUCACACUCACGCUGCUAUAGUUAGUUUAGUUUAGUUCGCCCUGGUUCUAUUCUCAUCUUUGACUCAUGUCUGUCCACCACAGACACAGAGAACAGUAGUGUAUAAAUCUUUUAAUAAAUAAUAAGUGUACAUUUAACUCCUUCAUAUUCCACAAGCCAAAGGCAAGUUAAACACAAAUAUCAGUGAGGAUAUUGUAGUUUGUCCACUAUUACGUAUACUUGUGGAGGAAAGGAGGAGUGGUACAUAAACAAUUGCACGUGUGUGUAUCUGCGUGUGUAUUUUCGGAUAAGGAAUAAAUGCAUUUGCUGGAAGCCCACAAGUGCAACUCUCCAGUUACAAUUUGCAUUAAAAGUUGUCGAGGACUGAUUGAUUGAUGACGGUGUCAACAGUCAUUGUUGGUUUGUAAAUAAAGCAUGCAUAGAAGGAUGUAGAUGCAGAUGCAAUGUGUGCUCAAGUGAAGUAGUUAAAACAAGAAAUUGGUACAAAAACUAGAGAACAAGUGAUUGAUUCCUUGAGAAGGAAAAUCUCUUUGUUGCCCAAAUGAAGAGACGUAACAGGCAGCAGACUCUUUAGAUUAGUAGUUGGCGUUAAAAGUUUAAGCAGGGUUGGUUGCUGGAUGGCUUCGACUAGUUCUUGUAAUUUGAUCCGGAAACAAGUCCAGGACGAAGAAAGACCACAUUGUUGUGUAAGCAAAAGCAAACUCUGUUAAGUAAUGCGAAGAAGUACUUGAGUGGUGGAAAAUCGGAUGGUGUUGAGCUAAAUAAGUACAAGUUUAAAGUGGUGGUGGUCACGGAAGACGGCUGUCAGCAAGGGCUGUGAAGACAGGGGGAUAAGCGGAAGGUGCGGACAAACGAAAUGAGCUGGACGAAGAAGAACGGCUUGAAGGGGUCGACCCUUCUGUCGUUCCUCUGCCUUUUCGUGCUCUUCACCUUAGCCCACACCAACCCCCGCACGAAGAAGCCGGAAAAUGACUUGGUUUUCGAGGAAAAUGAUGGGAGUGAACUAAAUUUAAUAUUAUCAGACCCUAAGAAGUCCAGCCGUAAUGUCGGUGUGAAACCACACUCGAGCAAAAAUGCACAUUGGAAGAGCAAUUUCACGAGUAAAAGUAGAUUUCACUGGGUGGACAACAACAACCAUAAUCGAGAAGUGCAGGAGGAUUUGAACUCCUUUGGAUGGUCGCCCCGCCACCAUCAACUGCAUUCACCACCGGUGCAUAAACACCAUCGUCGUCCCCUGGAAUUGAAUCAACGGAAGGUGGCCAGCGUUUCCAGUACAAGUGAAAGCUCACUUGGGCGUUCGACACAUGACGCGGAAAGUGCUAAACGUCGAAGGACCCGAGUCUCGGAAACUGAUGACGAAGAUCUCAUUUUCUCAGGGGAGGACGAAGACGGUGGCUCAGGUGGCUUCCCGACCCCAGGAAAUGAUAUCUACCACUACCGACCAAAACCUUCGGCCACGACAAGUAGAUCAGAUUCAGAUAUUCCAUUAGGAAGCUUUGAGAAACGAUUCUACCGCAUUACGCUCACAAUUGGAAAGAGUUGGAGCCCCGCAUUAGAGUCAAAAACAUCGUCCAUUUUCAGAAUCUACCAACAGGAGUUAGAAGGUCAAAUUCAAAAUUCUAUGGGCUUUGACAUCGAGGGAUUUUAUGUCACAAAAUUCACAAAUAUUCAAAAUCCUGCAUUUGUCUUGUGUGAAUUUGACCUUGGGUUGGUGGGUAUGACAAAGGACCAGGUCGAAGAAGAGUUUUUCACGUAUUUGGAAGUCGGAACUAUUGGCUCUCUUAGCGUACAGAGUAAUGGAUUUACUGUACGAGAUGUCGGUGGAGUACCUGAUGAAGCUUGUACCGACGGACAACUCCAAUGUCGAAACGGUGUGUGUGUCGACAUUUCUAGCCGAUGCAACUCAAUAAAUGACUGUGGGGCCGAUGAUAAUACCGAUGAACAAGGAUGUGCUCCCUCAACGACACCAACAACAACGACGACCACGUCGACAACUGCAACGCCGAGGACCACUACAGCCCGGCCAACGCCUCCACCCCGAUAUCCCACCUCGGAGAAUGGGUCUUCCGUUGUUCAUCCAGGGCCGCACCCCUCUCGCAAAGAUGGGUGUCGUGCAGAUGAUCAAGUUCGAUGCUCCGAUGGAUCCCCAGUUUUUAUUUGCUCCGAUGAACAAUGUGACGGAAUUAAACAUUGCCCGAAUGGCGAAGAUGAAGCGCAAUGCCCUGAGAAUGGGUGUGCGUCCCACCAGUUUCAAUGUGACUUGAAAUGUAUCAGCAACUCUAAGAAAUGCGAUGGAAAGCUAGACUGCUUGGACAGGACGGACGAGCAAAAUUGUGAAGAGUCCGGAGCAACAUGUAGAUCGGAUCAAUUUCGGUGCAAUGAUAAUUCUUGCAUUGAUUUAAAAUUCAAAUGUGAUGGGACAAAGCAUUGUAGUCUUAAUGAGGACGAGCUAAAAGAUUGUCCAUGCAACCCUCGAACACAUUACCAAUGUGAUUCUGGUUUCUGCAUCUCUUUGAUUCAUCAGUGUGAUGGAUUUAGACAAUGCAACGACGGGAGUGAUGAGAGUGUGAAAGCAUGCAGUAGCAAAAAUACGACAGUUCAACCCAUUAGAUGUUCGGGCAACCAAUUUAAAUGUGUGGAUGGUGAACUCUGUGUACCAAGAUCUUCCGUUUGCAACCGGAAAAGGGAUUGUGCUGACGGUUCAGAUGAGCUGAAUUGUCCAGGAAUUCGACCCCCUCCUCCAGAACCAGUGACGUGUUCGAGUUAUGAAUUUCAAUGCAAGGAUUCGUCGUGCGUGGAUAAGAGUUUGAUCUGCGAUGGCUAUCCGGACUGCCGGGACGGCUCCGACGAAGGGCCAAAUUGCAAAGUGUUGCCUGGGGCUUGUUCCUCGUCCGAAUUCCGUUGUGGAGAUUCGAGCUGUAUCAGUGGGGGACUUCGGUGCAACGGUAGAAGUGACUGCAGCGAUCGCAGUGAUGAGGAGAAUUGUAGACAAAUUCCGUGUCGACCGGAUCAAUUCAGAUGUUCAGCUACUGGAGGAGGUUGUAUCCCGAGCAGUGCUGUGUGUGAUGGUAUCCCUGACUGUGACUCCUUUGCCGACGAGUCCAAUUGUCAAGUUACAUGCAAACAUGAUCAGUUUUCUUGUGGGGACAACACUUGUAUCCCAAUUGGUUAUGUAUGUGACAAAUACGUGGACUGUCCUGACCAAUCCGACGAGGGCAAUUGCACCGUGGCACCACCUCCAAAGCCGCAAUGCACUGGAAACCAGUUUACUUGCCACGCUGGGUCGACAUACUGCAUUGACGUUCGAGCAAGAUGUGACAAUAACUUUGACUGCCAAGACGGUUCCGACGAGCUCAAUUGUACAGUUGCAACAACUCCCAGACCACCCAAAUGCAACCCACAAAAUGAAUUUACAUGUCAUAGUAGGGACCAAUGUAUUCCUCGCUCUGGAGUGUGCAAUGGAAUUGUUGAAUGCAAUGAUUUUAGCGAUGAGCAACUAUGCGAUAAUCUGGUUUCUCCUGGGGGAAUAAAUUUGAAAACAUACCCUGCUGAGCAGACAAUACGACAAGGUCACGAGGUGGUAUUCCAAUGCAGAGAUGAAGGACCACUGCGUGUUCCAGUUAGAUGGAUGAGUGGGAACGGCCAGGCGCUCCCACCAGGCUCCAGAGACUUUAACGGACGAUUGGAAAUGCCCAACGUUUCUGUGAGCUCAACAGGGACUUAUAUUUGUGAGGCAAUUGGUUAUCCGGCUGCUACCCCUGGAUCCAGAGUAUCCGUCUAUCUAAGGGUUGACCAAUCUGCUGGAGGAAAGUCGCCCUGGAGUCCUUCAGAAUUGUCUCAUUACGAUUUUUGGGAUAACAGGCAAUGGGAGUCUGUGUAUUUUCCCCAAAGUGAUCCACUAACAUAUCCCACAACAGAUAUUGAUCAAGCCCCACCCACACGUCCUCCUAGUGCGUGCGGUAUUUUACAAGCAACAUGCAACAAUGGGGAGUGCAUUUCCAAGCAAAUGAUAUGUGACGGAGAUCUGGACUGCAGCGAUGGUAGUGAUGAACAGCGGUGUCAUCACGGUAAAGACGGCUGUGAACCAAACGAGUUUCAAUGCGGUAACCGACGAUGUGUUCCAAAAACCUGGGCAUGCGACGGUGAUGACGAUUGUGGUGAUAAUUCAGACGAACAAACGUGUGUUCAGAAGCCUGUGGGAUCGCCCUGUCGUCACAAUGAGUAUCGGUGCUCUUCAGGAAUUCAGUGUAUUCCUAAAGCAUUCCAUUGUGACAAGGAAUUAGAUUGCGCGGAUCGGUCGGAUGAGCUUGGUUGCUUGGCUCCAGUUAUCAACAGACCACCACCCCCUCUGAUUACUGUCGGAAUUGGUCAGUGGUUUAAUGUUUCAUGUACCGCAGUUGGACAGCCUGUCCCGGAGAUUGUCUGGAGAUUAAAUUGGGGACACAUUCCAACCAAGUGCGUCACGUAUAGUUCCGACGGGAUCGGAUAUCUUUCUUGUCCAGAUACUCAAAUUCCUGACCAGGGUGCAUACUCAUGUGAAGCGAUCAACGUACUCGGGUCCACUUUUGCAAUUCCGGAUUGUAUUCUCGUAGUGGAAAGACCUCCAAGCGUUUGCCCCACAAGUUACUUUAAUGACCUUGCAGACACAACGAGAGAUUGUUUGAGCUGCUUCUGUUUUGGUCAUACAACCGAUUGCAGCAGUACCAAAUUGUACAUUUCUCCCAUGCCACCACCAGAGUUCAAUUUCCGAUUGGUUGGAGUAUCACAGGAUCUUCUUGGUAGUGGUCAAAUUGAAAUCCAAGACCACAGUUAUGUAAUUCCAACAAGUGUUUUAAGAAAUGUGAACCCGAGGGGAAUUCAAGCAACGAUUCCAAAUAUACGAACACUUGCAAUUCCUGAAGAUAUCAUUCCAUAUUUUGCACUUCCUCCAUCCUACAAUGGAAAUUUGUUAAAAGGAUUCGGAGGAUAUUUAAGAUAUAAUUUAAGGUAUCGAGGUUCUGGACGACCACUGCGCGCUCCCGAUGUCAUAAUCAAUGGCAAUGGCAUUACUUUACUUCAUGUAGGGAAGCAGCCCAUGUAUCCAUCCAGAGAAAAUGCUGUCUCGGUCAGAUUUUGGGCUGGGGAAUGGUUCAAGCGUGUUCUUGGAAAGCCGGGUGGCGAUGAGCCUGCUGCCGGUGUCGAGCCUGCCACUCGAGAAGAGAUACUAAUGGCAUUGGCGAACGUUGAAUAUUUCUUAAUUCGAGCUCAAUAUGACCAAACACCAUCUUUGGAUACAACUCUCUCUGAUGUGAAACUUGAUGUCGCCACGUCCAACAAUAUUGGGCUUGGGACUGCUGUAUUUGUUGAAGAGUGUCGUUGUCCUAUCGGUUACGUAGGGUUCAGUUGUGAGGAUUGUGCUCCAGGAUAUCAAAGACAUCAACAAGGUUCUUGGUUAGGAAGCUGUAUGAAAUCUAGUGCACAAGUGAGAUGUCCUGCAGGAACGUACUCUGAUCAACAGCAAUGCAAGCCAUGUCCAUGCCCGAGUGAGGGGCGUCGAUAUGGAACUUCAUGUUACAAAGACACCGAUAAUCAGGUUACAUGUGAGUGUAAUGAAGGACAUGUUGGACGAAACUGUGAGCUAUGCAGUCCUGGAUAUCAACAGAGCCCAACUUUCCCCUAUGACUGUCGACCCUCAGGAAGUACAUGCGAUACGGACGGCGCAGUGUCGCCUUACCCAGAUCUCAGUACAGGACGAUGCGUUUGCAAGGAAUAUGCCACUGGAACAUCAUGUAACGAAUGCAAGGAGGCAACAUUUUUUCUAAGCGAACGAAAUCAGUACGGUUGUAUUAGCUGCUUCUGCAUGGGCGUCACCAGUUCGUGUCAAUCUAGCAGUUUGUAUCGAACUCAGGAGACUUCAGUAUUUGUCAACAGUCCUCUUGGAUUCACAUUGGUUGACGAAAGUCAAAGAAACACUAUUCGAGAUGGAUUUGCAUUUGACCGAAAUACCAGAGAACUUGGAUUUAAGGAAUUCAACCGCUAUCCUGCCGAUAUCUACUAUUGGCAAUUGCCUUACAACUAUCUAGGAAAUAAGGUCACUUCGUAUGGGGGUUACUUAAACUACACUGUUCGAUAUGUUCCUCCACCAGGGGGUCAAAAUUCUCCUAACACGGCUGCAGAUGUGGAAAUAAAUGGCAACGAUAUUCGAUUAUUGUACUUUAGAAAAAUUCAAGUACCAGCAAAUAAGCAAGUUGAAAUAUCUGUCCCAUUUGUCGAGUCAAAUUGGCAGAGACAGGAUGGCCAGUUGGCUAACAGAGAGCAUCUAAUGAUGGCGUUAGGGAACUUGGAUGCUCUUUUAGUAAAAGCAACUUUCACCACUAGCACCAGAGAAGCAUUUAUCAGCAAUAUCAAAAUGGAAUACGCUGUUCAGCGAAAUACUGGAAUGGAGCGAGCAUACGGUGUUGAACAGUGCUCAUGUCCAGAAGGUUAUGAAGGUCUGUCAUGCGAGGAAUGUGCCUUUGGCUUUACGAGGUCCCUUCGAGGACUAUAUCUUGGUUUAUGCGAACCCUGUGCUUGCAAUGGACAUUCUGAUGAAUGUGAUCCUAAAACAGGAGUUUGUAGGAACUGCCGAGAUUAUACGUCAGGAGAUUUUUGUGAACUCUGCGAGGACGGCUAUAGUGGGGAUCCUCGAAUUGGUGGAUGCAGACCCAGUGGAAUCGGAAGAUGUUCAUGCGAUCCGAAAGGUGCUGUGCAAAUAGACUGUCCGGAUGGCAGAAAUUGCGUCUGCAAGGGUAAUGUUGAAGGCCAUACAUGCAACAUUUGCAGAAGAGGAACGUUUGCUCUUCAAUCUUCAAAUCCACAAGGGUGUCAGGAAUGUUUCUGCGGAGGCGUUACAACCGAAUGUUCUUCAGCAACAUUAUAUCGAUCUGUUAUUUCCUGGAAUUUGUUGACAGGCCCACACGGAGUUACAUUAACUGAUAGCACAAGAACAUUGCUGGUUGAUGACAUCGAAACAGAUAUUAAUAACGGAGAACUUUCGUACACGUACCCAUACGGGUCUAAAUCGGAAAGAUUGUUUUGGUCUCUGCCAUCAAAAUUCACCGGAAACCGGCUGACCUCAUAUGGUGGAAAACUGCGUGCUACGCGUCGCUACUUGGUAAGACCUGGAACUGAAGAUGCACCUAUUGAGGACAUCGACGUUAUUAUUGUCGGCAACAACGGUGUGUCCUUAUUCUGGGUUUAUGGAAUUAAUGCAGGACAAGAAGUUUCGCUCGAGGUCAGUUUGAAGGAAACGUCAGGUUGGAAGCAUCUGGAACAUGCUAGCAGAAUUGCAACUCGUGAUGACCUACUCACGGUUCUUGCUGACUUGCAAGUUAUUUUGAUCAGGGCAUCUUUUACUGACGACAUGGAGGCGACUUACAUUAAGGACAUCACUUUGGAUGACGCUCAGAAGCAUUACAGCCCGAACGGACUAGUGGUUGAAGUUGAAGAAUGCAAGUGCGGCACUGGAUACUCUGGGCUUUCUUGUGAGUCAUGCAGCACAGGGUUCUACCGGGAUUUAAACAAUCGGUCUCGUGGACCUACCGGAGCGUGUGUUCCAUGCCCCUGUGAUAUCAACUCAUCUGAAGGUUGUAAUGUGGAAUCAGGUCGUGUAGUGUGUGUCUGUAAAGCUGGGUAUACCGGUCACAAUUGCGAAAGAGCUGGAACUUCACCUCUGAUACCCGAUAGAGAAAUCCAAGUACACAUUACUGAAUCUAUUGGUCAGACUCCAAUUCCCGUGGGGAGCACGGCAUCUUUCCGCUGUACAGCAAGGUCUCCGUCUCCAACCACCCAAUUGAGAAUCACAUGGAGUCGCGAAUUCGGAGAUCUUCCUUAUGGAAGAUCACGCGAUGACGGUCGAGGACUCUUGGUGAUUAGUCAAGCCCGACCAGAGGACAGUGGAAGCUACAUUUGCUCCGUGACUGAUGGAACUGUGACCAGUAUCGCCACUACGGCUUUCACUGUUUCCGGUGGUCAACCCAGUUUUGGAACUAAACCUACUGUUUCAAUUUCCCCACGUUAUACAAAUGUGAGAGUCAACGAGGCAGUCCAAUUCCAAUGCGCCGCUGCAGGGGUCCCCAUUCCCUCCGUCACUUGGAGUACUUCUCGUGGACCAGUGCCAUCGCACAUAAUCGUCAUUGGAAGUUCAUUAAGAAUUCCGGCAGCAAGGAAAUCAGACGCGGUUGAAUAUAUCUGCACUGCUCGCAACAACAUAGGCACAGAGUCAGCUAGGUCAAUUUUAUACGUGCAAGGCGAAGAAAGUCAAGCCCCCACCCUCCCUCCUGUCGGACUAGUUGUUUCGAUUUCGCCAACGAGUUAUGAUGCGAGACCAGGAGAAAUUGUUAGAUUUAGAUGCGACACGUCUGCAAGGAAUGCUCAAAUGCAAUGGUCUAAAGUGUCUGGAGUUUUGCCCCACACAGCUACACAGGGCCCAGAUGGGUCACUUACACUAUAUUCUGUGAGAGAUGUCGACAUGGGCGUCUACGUGUGUUCAGCCAUUUCUGAAUCAGGCCAAACUACGCAAGCACAAGCUAGACUGUCAGUAGCAUUCAUUGGAUCUCCACCGUCAGCAAAAAUCACUCCAGAAAGACAAACAGUAGCUCAAGGAAACCCAAUUGAAAUUCUGUGCACUCCAACCGGAAGUCCUCCUCCACAAAUUGAAUGGAGCAAAGUGGGAGGUUCACUCCCGUCAAGUGUUCAGCGGAAUGCCGAACUACUUAGAAUUGACACUGCAGAAGUAAAUGACCGUGGGGUCUAUGUUUGCCAAGUGGAAUCUUCAAGUGGCAAAAGUCUUGCAUCUGCAAUUGUGGAAGUUGAGCGCAGAGAAAGCCCAAUGAUUGAAAUGUAUCCUUCUGGACGCCAGACAGUGGUCCGAGAUGGAAGUGCUUUGUUCCAAUGUCGAGUAACUGCUGGAAUUCCAUCCCCCAUAGUUUCAUGGGCCAGGGGGGAUGGGCGUGUGCUAUCCAGAACGGUCGAGGAGAUCGAAGGGGGAGUGUUGAGGUUUAACAGAGUUACUGGGGAAGAGAAAGGACAAUACAUUUGUAAGGCUGAAAAUAUAGUUGGAACAACUACAGCAAUUGCUACCCUUGAUAUUCAAAUUCCACCAAAUAUCACAAUCACCCCGGAUUCACCACAUCGAGCGAGGUCUGGAGAAAGCGUUCGUUUGGAAUGCAACGCACAAGGUGAACCGAUUCCUACAGUCUCGUGGACUAGAUUGCAGACCGGAAGAGAAAUCGAGGACAGAGAAAGGUUGCACGGCGUUGGGACGCCAUUCCGUGCCAUGUAUGACAUAGCCCGUGUUUCAAAGAGUGACGAAGGAUCAUACAGUUGUAUGGCUAAAAGUGAAGCAGGACAAUCUGAAGAAAGAUUCCAGUUGCUCGUUGAUGAAUUUUCUGAAACGGACUACAACGUCAUUCACCCAUAUCCGCCCACAGUACGGCCACCAAGGGAAGAAGUUUACUAUUUCCCAGUUGGAUCCAGAGCUGAGCUUCGUUGUAUUCAAGCAUUUGAAGGGGAUGUUUUUGACCGAUUGUAUUUGGACUGGAAUCGCUCUGAUGGAGGCCGCAUGCCAAAGGAUUAUGACAUUAGGGACGGAAUUUUGUACAUUAAUGACUUGUCACAUGAAGAUGCCGGUUUGUACAGUUGUUUCGCUUCGAACCGACAAGGAGAAAGAGCAUUCACAAUCAGUGCUCGUUUGGAGGUCGUUGGGAGUGAAAAAUGUGCAAAUUACGCAGCGUCUCCUCCGAGAAUUCAAUUGGAACCGGCGAGACAGACUGUAAGAAGGGGAGAUACUGUGACCAUCAACUGUCUUGCAACGGGAGAUCAACCAAUUACGCUCAAUUGGUACAAAAUGGAUCGACGACCAUUUCCACCUUCCGUUUUGGUCAAUGGUCAACAACUUGUGUUCAGAGGAAUCGAAGUGACUGAUACUGGACGUUACGUUUGUCAAGCUACGAACACUGGAGGCACUUCUGAAUCAAUAGCCGAGGUCACUGUGAACACGGGAAGUAGCAGUGCUGGUCCCGGUCAUGGUGCAAGACGAGAGCAGAAAGGGGUCGUGGGGUCGACGGUUGAACUUCGAUGCGGCAUCGGAGGGAACCAGUACGACUGGAGAAAGGACGACGAGGAACUCCCAAGGACGUCCAUCAUGUUCGGACCAACGCUGACUCUGCUGAACCUACAAGAACAAGAUGCUGGUCGUUACAUUUGCACGAGUGAACAGGGUUCUGAUUUCAUCGAUCUUAGCGUUGAAGGAGUUCAAAAUGUCCAUGUUCGAAUUAUACCAAGCCAAGAACUAAUACGAAUCGGGGACAAUGUGGAACUUAAUUGUGACGUAGAGGGUGACCCACAACCCCAAAUCAGAUGGAACAAGAUGCACAACGGGGAGUUCCAAGAUAAUGUGCAAAUCUUGGGAAGUAGAGUAAAAAUCCGAGACGUUAGAAAUGAAAAUGGAGGAGUUUAUCGCUGUACUGCAAACACGGUUGGUGGGAUUCACGAGGAAGACUAUGCGCUAACAAUUCACGCAAAUCCAGAUAGAAUUCAAAAUUCUGCUCCGAUUGAGACACGAUCUGUGCCAUAUGGAAGCACUGUUACAAUGGAUUGCAAAACCGAACUUGCUGGCCGAAUUGAUUACUCUUGGAGUAAGCAAGGGGGAUCAGUUAACCAACCGUUAGCCAGUGGACAAAGUUUGACGAUAUCAGAUGCAACUGCGGAGGACGCGGGGACCUAUAUUUGCAUGGCUGCUUCAUCACACCCACACAGCUCCGUAGAUGUGACCACAGUGUUGGUGGUUACAGGCGCAGUUCCUCAUUUUACACAAAACCCGUCGUCCUACAUGUCCUUGCCCACGCUGCCAGAGUCCUACCUCAAGUUUGAUAUUGAAAUAUCCUUUAAACCCGACGAUCGAAAUGGUCUCAUACUCUAUAACGGACAAAUGAAGGAUGGUAGUGGUGAUUUUGUGUCAUUUGGAAUUUCCCACGGUUAUCCUGAAUUUCGAUUUGAUGUCGGUAGCGGACCUGCAGUUAUUCGUGGCAGUAGAGUUCUCGAAACUGGGACUUGGCAUAAAGUUAGGUUAUCUCGAAGCAGAGCAAACGGAGAAAUGGUUGUUAAUGACGAAGACACCUUCACUGGAACAAUUCAUGGUUCGUUUCAAGGACUCGAUCUUAUGGAACCUCUUUACGUUGGAGGCCAUCCCAACUUUAAUAACGUCCACAAGUUGGUUGGUCAUACCAAAGGAUUUGUUGGAUGCAUCAGCGAAUUAGUAAUUGGAGGCAAACGCACACAACUUUUUAAAGACUCCCAAAUCUCGCGAGGUGUGUCGUCUUGUGACACGUGUGAUUCUAAUGAUUGCACAAACGGAGGUGUAUGUCAGGAGGGGUUGAGCGAACGUGGAUAUAGUUGCAUAUGUCCUCCUGGUAAUUCAGGAGCAAAUUGUGAAAUUUCUGGACAAUCAUGCUAUGCAGGAGCAUGUGGGGAAGGAAAGUGUGUCAAUAUUCCUGGAGGCUUCGAAUGUUAUUGUCCAUUUGGAAAAGUUCCUGGCCCUCGUUGUGAACGCGACGUUGUUAUUUAUGAACCACGGUUUAACGGCCAUGAUUCAUACAUGGCAUAUCCAACCCCACAAGACUUAAAGACAUUGAAAGUUAACUUGAAAAUUAAGCCGGAUUCCGAUGAAGACGGUUUGCUAGUUUAUGCGUCACAAACUGAUGACGGUCUUGGUGACUACACAUCUUUAGCUAUUAAGGAUAGGCGGUUAGAAUUUCAAUAUGACACCGGAUCUGGACCUGCAGUUAUAAGAAGCAAGAAGGAAAUUGCCAAAGGAGAAUGGAUCUCGGUGUCCAUUGAACGAAAAGAACAAGAAGGGGAAUUGAAAAUUAAUGGUGGAGACUUGAUUAGAGGAAAGUCUCCUGGGGUAACUCGAGGUUUGAAUUUGAAGACUCCGCUCUACAUUGGAGGUCAUGACCGUCAUCGAAUCCAGCUGAAUAGCAACGUCGGAGUUGUAAAAGGGUUCUCCGGAUGUGUGUCGGAGAUGGAUGUUCAUGGGAUGGAACUAGACUUAAUUACAUCCGUACAGGAAGGUGCAAAUGUGGACAACUGUGAAGGAGGGUCCCAAUUUUGCACGAAAAAUCCAUGCCGAAAUGGAGGAACGUGUCAAGAGAAUACAACUUGUUCUUGCCAGAGUGGAUUUUCAGGAAGGUUUUGCGAGACUCGAGAUAUGUGCAGUCUCAAACCUUGUCUUAAUGGAGGAACGUGUUUCUCCAUGAAAAACUCCUACCGUUGCUCGUGUCCUAAGGGAUUUUUUUCGAAAAACUGCGAGACUGCAAUGGGGGAAUGGAGUCAAUCUGUAGCUUUCCGAGGCGAAGGUUACAUUGAGAUUAAUAAAUCGUUCAUGUAUCGAAGUGGACCAUACGUUCCCGAGACCGUAGAGUUAGAAAUUUCGACUAAGGCAUCGUCUGGAGGCCUAAUAUUUUGGCAUGGUCCCACGCCCACUGAAAUUGACCCAGACGACUUUUUUUCGAUUGCUGUAAAUAGAGAAGGGAAAGUUGAGCUUCAAUGGGAUUAUGGAUCAGGAGUUGCUAAAGCUGUCUCAAAUUCCAUCGUAAACGACGGAGAAAAGCAUUUGGUUGUAGUGAAAAGGCAAGGUCGAGAUGGGACGAUCCAGGUGGAUGGAGAGGACAUUCCGUCGUUUGCUAUCAAUAAUGAGCCUGUCGAGACCCUCAAUCCCCACGGAAACAUAUACGUCGGUGGUGCUCCAAACUGCUUUCAAAUGACUCAUGGUCUGUACCAUAAUGGAUUUAUUGGAUGCAUCCAUUCCUUAAAAAUUCAAAACGGUGAACCCAUCAACCUGAAUGAAAAUUCAAUCUCUGCGGUCAAUACCGGUCCCUGUUCCGAGGAGAAGCCUACGCUCGACUUACGCCGACCCCAUCAACACUCAAAUCAUCGAAAUAAUAACAAGCAUAAAAAGCCGGCUGGACAAACUCAUAAUCUGAACGGCCACCGUAAUAAGCAUUCUAAAAUCAAAAAUGAAGUGACGACUGAUUAUAAUGAUUAUCCUGAAGAAUCUUUCAUCGAAGGGAGACACCGACUCUCAAAAUAAUCUUUCAAUUACUUAAAUUUUAUGUUAUUUUACAUAGUUUUACAUAUUUUAUUUAUGACAGCAAUAUUCAUGCACAAUAAUUAUUGACUAUACAACUGCAGAUAAUAAUUUAGUCAUCCAUAAAGAGUAUAUAGAUACUUGUAUAGUGAUAAUAAUAUGCAGCCAAAAAUUCCAUGAAUAUUAUUAUUCAGAUUACAAGAAAAGUCCAUUAAUUGAAAUGUGCCAAAUGUUGUGGACCCAUAUUCAUAAAAGUCGUCGUUCGCAGAGCUUGAUCUAUUAGACUUAUAAGGAAAUCCAAUCAAGUCGAAUAUGAUAAAUUCUCAAAAUAAUUUUACUUAAAACCGACCUCAUAUUCAGUAUGCAUCCGGCAGUGUGUUAUUCUUGCAUGUUAUAUGUACAUACAAUUUACCAUAAUAGCUGUAUAAAAUAUGUAAUAGUAAAUUUAGUGCAAUGAGAUUUCUCAUUAUUAAAACUUAGGAAAUUAGAGCCAAGGAGUAAAUAACCUUCAAAAAUAAAUUGCUGGAGUGACAAUAAAAAGUAAAAACUCUGUACUCAAAUCUGUAUUAUACAUAGUUGUACCAAAAAUAGUGUGAAAAGAACAGAGCAGACAUUUCGUUUUUAUUUGAUAACACAUAUUGCAGAACCUGUUAGCUAGUAUCCCAGGAAUGUGACAACGUAUUCGACACCGUGUGUCAUUUUUGUGCCUUAAUUUAGGUUAACGAACGUCAUACAAUUAUGAAUAAAAUACUUAUUAGUGAAAUAUGAAAUAUUGCGUAAUAUAGGGUUUAAUAUUUCCUCUUGGUGCUGUUUUACACGACUGACAAAUCUGUGUGCUUCACCUUAAAUUUAUUAUUAAUACUGAUUUCAUGUAUUUGACAUGUCCUAAUAUACACUCACAGGUAUACCAAUAUGAUAAGUUAUACAACUUGUUACAUUUGUCUAUAAUUUGUCUCAUGUUUAUUCAACACUGCCGUUUAUUAGAUUUGUCAUCAACUUAUUAUUGUACUGCCAUUUUUUGUGUAUUCUAGUUUCAAAAAAACAUAACUAUAUUUGCAUACAAUGAUCAAUUCAAAGUCGUUUUCUGGUAAUAAUGAUAUUAUUGGUAUUAUUAAAAGUUAAAACGUGUCCAACGGAUGAAUUCAUCAUGAACUGACCUACAAUACUUGUAUGCUUUAUGUAAAUGGUAAUAAAAUUGAUUUGUUAUAA